GCAGGCGCAGUGAGGGCGGCAACAUGGCGUCCAGGUCCAAGCGGCGUGCCUUGGGCGAUGGGGUCCCGCGGCCGCCAGAUGCGCCUGCACCUCGCCUCGAGGAAGAAGAGGACGACGAAGUCGAGGACGAGGACGAAGACGAUGAAGACAGUGACGGAGAGGAGGAUGAAGACGACGAGGUCGUCGACGAGGAAGUGAAUAUUGAUUUUGAAGCUUACUCCAUCUCAGACAACGACUAUGACGGAAUUAAGAAAUUAUUGCAACAGCUUUUCCUCAAGGCUCCUGUGAACACCGCAGAACUGACAGAUCUCCUGAUUCAGCAGAACCACAUCGGGAGUGUGAUUAAGCAAACGGAUGUUUCAGAAGACAGUGACGACGAUGUGGAUGAAGAUGAGAUCUUUGGUUUCAUAAGUCUUCUAAAUUUAACCGAAAGGAAGGGGACCCAGUGCGCCGAGCAAAUUAAAGAGCUGAUUCUAAGCCGCUGUGAUCAGAACUGUGAAAAGAGCGUGGUUGAGCAGCUGGACAAGCUUCUGAGUGACACCACCAAGCCCGUGGGCUUUCUCCUGAGUGAAAGAUUCAUUAACGUUCCGCCCCAGAUCGCUCUGCCCAUGCACCGGCAGCUUCAGAAAGAACUGGCGGAGGCACGCGAGACCAACAAGCCGUGCGGGAAGUGUUACUUCUACCUUCUGAUUAGCAAGACGUUCAUGGAAGCAGGAAAAAACAAUUCCAAAAAGAAACAGAGCAGCCACAAGAAAGAUGAGCUAAUGUUUGCGAACGCAGAGGAGGAAUUUUUCUAUGAGAAGGCAACCCUGAAGUUCAGCUACUCCGUGCAGGAGGAGAGCGAUACACGCCUGGGCGGCAGGUGGGCCUUCGACGACGUUCCGAUGAGGCCCUUGCGCACUGUGAUGCUGAUUCCGUGUGACAAGAUGAACGAAAUCAUGGAUAAACUGAAAGAACACCUCGCCAUUUAGCCCCGCCCCGUGGACAGUGGUGUGCUGGUCUGUGCAAAUUACCAGGAAACCCAGUGGAGCUUUACUGAAAAACUCAAGACUUUAUUUAGAUUUAGGUCCUCUACAAAAAGUAGGGUUCUGCUGCCCGUGUCUAUGACACAUUUACAAAAUAGUUUUUAAAAAAGUUUUGGUCAAAUUAUGAAUGUUUGAUUAAAAACUUUCCCAAUAAGGAAAAACAUGGAGUAGUAAUUUAAAGAACUCAAUAAAAACUUCUGUUUUUUAUUUCAAAAUAA